AUGGGACGGAAAAGUAUUCUGGUGUUUAGUGUGUGUCUGCUACAGGCCGCGCUCGCGGUCAAAGUCAAGGUGGUGAUGCACUCGGCGCAGGAGGACUCGCGCCUCGAGGACGACGAGGCCAACACCGAGGCCUGGGACCACAAGAAGCACGGCGACGGCACCGCGCUGCCCUUCAUCAAGACCCGCAAGCGCGCCGAAGAGAAGCCUGUCGUCGAGUUCGAGGAGGAGAAGCCCACCACUGAGAAGCAACAGCAACAGCCGCCACCGCAAAAACAACAACACCCAAACGAAAUGAUUUUUCCGCUAAUUUAUCGCCAAAGCCACGUCAACAGUAUGUUCAAAUUCGGUGAGAAUUGGUACACUUGGUCCACUGAGAAACGAACGGACGGUUCAAAAGGAAUCAAUUACUACAUUUGUUAUGAUGAACCAAAGCGUUGUGACGAUAUUGGCUGGGAACGGACGGACGCGCCGCCGAAAUGCGCGUUCCAGAUAGAUUCACUGCUGCCUGAUGACCGCGCCUGCAUCAACAGCUACGGCUUGGAACCCCACGCAGGAGGCGUCUGCGACGGUGCUGAACAAAUGAAAGUAGCUGAAAUAGUACGGUCGUGUGGUCCUCGCAUUCGUUCCCUGUGGCGUUUCGUACGUGUGGGACGGAGGCCCGUCAAUGCUGCUAAACCAGCCGAUGUUAAUUCACUUGUUUGUGAAGACGAAGAAGAGUGUUUCUUAACUAUUGAAUACAGGAUACACCACGACAGAAUCACAUUCUCCCUGCAUGAACCGACUCGUGGUCAAACAUUCAAGAGCGUGUUGAAACGUGAAACGCCAGCCGAAGAGGAAAAAUUAACGACAGUCACGGAACCUCAUCCUCGUGUCUCAUAUAGAAGUAAAAAGGUCCCACCCGAGGAACCUCAGAGGUCUAACAAGAAGUACAGAGUCAAACCUAAACCUAAGGCCGAGGGUAAGGGCAUUAUAAAGGAGAGAAACGACUCCGGUUCCUAUGCAAAACGAAGAUCCACCAAGAACAAAGUAAAGAUAAGGGAAGACGUGUCUGAGGAUAUUUCGGAAUAAGGUCUGUUCGUUCACCAGCAUAGUUCUUGACACUCACGUCGCCAGUAAUAUAUUCGACUAGUGCCAAGAACCAGUCUCCGACCGUAGGUUCGGUUUCGGCGUUGACCGAGCCUUUUGCCGAAACCGAAACUGAUUUCGUGCGUUUCUCGCGGCAACGCUCUAGCGAACCAUAGCGGCCAAUGUUCGGGAAUUGUCGUGCGGCAGUCGGAUAGUUCUGUAGCAACACAACUGAAUAGGUACUUGGUAUUUAAUGAAAUACCAAUUAGUGACUUGAUUAUUGAUAACUGAUAAACAGUUAGCUACGAGAUCUUAAUUUGAAAAAAGGAACACUAUUAUAAUAAAUGAUUAAAUUCGACUAGCCUUUUUGAAACCAAGUUCGGGUCGGCUUAGGUACAGUCUAAAAGGAUGCACUGAGUUCCACUGAUUUUAACGGACUUUCCGGAAUAAUAGGAGGAAGUUCUUCAGUCGUUCUUCGAAAGUCAAAAUCAAGAGUUCUGAAGAGUUUGCCAUAUUUUAUAACCCAAGACAACAACGCGGUUUGAAAAAAAAAAAACGCCGUUUUAAAAUUGUAAGACGUUCGAGAGCGAGCCGUUUUAGAAUUGAUUAGUAAUGGGUUAAUCCAGGACUGCUUCGGUUACUCUAAGUAUUUGCCUUCAAAUAACAAGUUAAUUGUAAUGUAUUUUAUGUAUUCCAAUAUUUAUGCAUAUAUGCAAUACAUAAUGUAAAUAAUAUUUAUGCAAUAUGCAUUUAUGCAAUGUUUAUGUAAGUUGAAGUGCAUGUACAUAUUUUUGUCAGUUGGACAAGAUGUAUAUGAAUGUGGGGGGAGGGGUUCAGACCCCCUGGAUCUAUCCUCCCUAUACUAGUUUCAAAAAGGGUAGGCAGACGCAUGACGAAACGCCAAAAAUUCCAGUAUUUUAUACAUGGCCACGUGAGUUUCGGUUUCGGCCUAAAAACCAGUUUCGGUCUGAUUCUACCAAGAACUAACAAUUUUUGUACAAUGUCAUUAAG